GGCGAGCUCGCGACCCGCGCCCGCGCCACGGCCCUGCCCCUGCCCCGCUUCACGCUGGUGGUGGUCUUCGGCGCCGGGGGUGGCCGGCUGGGGCUGCGCAGGGCGGUGCUGGAGGCCGUCCGAGCUGGGAUCCGCUCAUGGGAUAUUGACCUCACUGCCUGCGACCUUGAUCAGCAGCUCAAGCUCUUUGUCUCCCGACACUCUGCUACCUUCUCAGACAUCGUGAAAGGUCAGCGUGCUCUGCACCACCGUGGGGAGGUCCUGGAGACACUGGUUUUGCUGAACCCGUCCGACAAGUCCAUCUGCGAUGAGCUCCGCAAUUUGGUCACAGACCCCUCGCAGUACAAGCUGCUGAUCUUUGCCGGGCCCUGCAUUGAGGAGACGGGGGAGCUGGUGCUGCAGACGGGCACCUUCUCCCUGCGGGACUUCAUCCAGAUCUUUGCUGACAAGGAGGUCGGAGAGCUACUCAGCUGUGCAGAUCCCUCUACCAAGACCAGCCUGACUGUGGUGUGUCCAGACUUUGGGGAAUGGAAGGCUUCCAGACUGGGCCAGCACAACCUGCUGGACUUCAUUGACCUGCGCUUCAACCCGGGCUGUGUGCUGCCAGAGAUGGAGGGCCUGCAGGAGUUCCUGGAGUACCUCUUCGAGUCCCUGGAUCCCCAGUCACCUUUCGAUCUCCUGGAGCCACCAAACACCGUGGGCUUCCUGAAGCUCUCCAGGCCCUGCUGCUACAUUUUCCCAGGAGGGAGAGGCGACUCUGCUUUCUUUGCUGUGAACGGCUUCAACAUCUUGGUGAAUGGGGGCUCCAACCCCCGGUCAUCCUUCUGGAAGUUAGUGCGCCACCUGGACCGCAUCGACUCCAUCUUGGUGACCCACAUGGGGACUGACAGUCUCCCCGGGGUGAACAGCCUGCUGCAGAGAAAGCUUGCUGAGAUGGAUGAAGACCCUUCCUCUCACAGCUCCCUGAAUGAUGACUGGGUGAAAAGCCUCAUCUCACCAGAGCUGGGUGUGGUUUUCAUCAAUGCUUCGGAGAAGCUGAAGGGCAUCAGAGGGGAUUCAGGCAUCCUGAAGAGUUGUGACGAGGCCAGCUUAGCUCUACAGUACCUCGACAGGCUGGGCAUCCGGCCCCACCCGCUCUUCCGGGAGGCUGCCCCCAAGGCAGAGCCAACCAUCCUCUUCCAGAAGAUGGGCGUUGGGCGCCUGGACAUGUAUGUGCUGAACCCCGUGAAAGGCAGCAAGGAGUUGGAGUUCUUGAUGCAGCACUGGUGCGGGAACGGCUGCCCCCGGGGGCUGGAGCUGCCCUUGCAGUGCCUGACCUCCAUCUGUGUUCUCCUGGUGUGGCACCCCGUGAGCCCCACAGAGAAGAUUGUGCGGGUCUUGUUCCCGGGCUGCACACCCCAGGGCAAGAUCUUGGAAGGGCUGGAGAAGGUCAAGCACUUGGAGUUCCUCAAGCAUCCCAUGGUCACCCAGAAAGACCUUGAGUCGUUCUCAUCUUCUGCCUCUCAAUUUAAGCCGAAAAAGGCAGUCAGUCAGGAGAGCCUCCAGUCGGGCUCUCGACUGAGCCUCACAGAGAUCAGUGCACCUAUUUCCAAGGAGAAGAGGUUGCCGAAGCUGCCCAGCUCCCGAGACCGACCCAAGGCACCCAGUGAGACCUCAAAGGGUAGUGCUGAGGAAGAGAGAGCUAAGACGGAGGCUUCCCCAGAGAAGCUUAAGCAGGAUGUGAGGCCCAAGCAGUUGAAGGAGAAGCUGCCUGUGAGGAGGGACCUGAGGAAGCCAAUGCCAAAGGAGGACACCACUCAAGAGAAGGGUGCAGUGAAGGAGGGGAAGCCAGCCAAGCAGGAAUGGAAGGUGGAUCCCCCCAGGAGGGAGGGGCUAAGGAGAGAGGAAGCUGUGAAGGCAGAAGAGAAGGCAGCAAAGCAGCCGAUGAAGGACCUGCGUAGAGCCCCAGGGGCGGAGGCCAAGAGGCCCCCAGCCAAGAUGAGCAGUCUCAGGAAGGUCACUCCCACCCCGAAGGAGGCAAGCAAACUGAAGGCUAAGUCGGUGAAGGAAACCGUACUCCAACGGCCGAGCGGCACCAAGGGAGGCCUGUUGGGUAAGCCUGUGCCAGAGAACCGUGGAGGCCUUGCCACAUCCAGGAAGGGGUUGGAGCCUUCGUUGCUGGGCAGUGCGGCAUGUCAUGGCAAUGUGCUGGAGCACCCCCAGAAUGGUCUCACUGCAGGAAUGGAUCCUGAGAGCCCUCAGCCUUUCCGGCACAAGGAAGCCAGCUCUCCCCUCAGAGGCUUUGGCCCUCCAUCCCCGUUGGCCAAGACUCCAAAGAGCGACCGGAGUGUCGAUUUUGAAUUCACACCAACAGACAUCCAGGUGGGGCUCAACCACUUCCCGGAGGCUGAGGAACCUUGUGGUGGCGGUAGCUCUGAAGAGAAGACCCUGGAGAUGAUGUCACCCGCCAGCUCUGCCCCAGCCAGUGCCAAGCACACUCCGUUCCACCAGUCCCCGGUAGAAGAUGCUGUCAUGGUUGAGGAGCCAGCGGCCAUGAUAAAUGCCUGGCGGCCUGACAGAUCUGGUCCCCAGGCCUCCCAUGACAACUCUAGCUCUUCCCAGGAGAAGCCGUCGGGCGGCCUUUCCCCUAGCCUCUUCCGUGAUGACGUCCCUGAUGUGUCCCCCACCAUCACCACACCCUCCUUGCCAGCUGAAGUGGGGUCUCCUCACUCCACGGAGGUGGACGAGUCCCUCUCCAUCUCCUUCGAGCAGGUGCUGCCUCCAGUGAGCGAAUUCCCUCAAGAAGAAGCAGGGAACAUCCGGGCGGCACACCUCACCCCAGAGCCAGACGUCGCUGUGGGCAAAGCAGGGAUGUCUCUGCCCAUCCGGCCCUGUCACCCUCACCCUGGCACCCAGCGGUGGGAUGGCCACACGGUGCCCAGGUCUGGCUACCGAUCCGACUCCCCCCACGAUGUGGAUCUCUGCCUGGUGUCGCCGUGUGAGUUUGCACACCACAAGUCGGAGAGGUCUCCGUCGAUCAACGUCAGCCCCCGCGACGUGUCCAACAGCAGUGACUUCUCACAAGAGCUGGCCAAGCCCUCCGUGCACUGGAAGGGUCUGCGGGGCCAGAAGCUGCACCCCCUGGCCGAUGAGACCCCCCCCACCUCCUUCAGCGAAUCUCUGCCCACUCUCUCGGACUCUGAUGCGCUGCCUGCCAUGGAGGAGUACCCUUCCAGCCCAGUGGAGGGUGGGCUGGACUCGGAUGAUGAUCCAGAAGGCCUGGCCCGGGCUCGGGACCCACUGCCGCCCCCCCUGAAGGACCCCUGUCCUCUCCCUGCCCAGCCUGGGAUCUGCAUGGUGGACCCUGAGAGAGAAGGUGCAGCCAAGAUGAAGUGGAUGCCCCUGCGGGUGGGCUCUGCACCCCCUAAAGCAGACAUCCCCAAAGCCACUCCUGCCCGCGGCAGGGCCAAGCCUUCUUCAGCAACGAUGGCGGAAAGAGCCCGCUUGCGCACCCUUGGCAAAAGUGACCCUUCGGUGGCCUGUGCUGGGGGUGACAGUAAGACAGCCCUCCAUCAUCGCGGGAUGAACAACAGACCACUCCUGCGAGCUGACCGGUCAUCUCUGGCAGGCCCCAAAGCCCGCCUCUCGUGCCCCCCAGUCUACCUGGAGCUGGCUUACAUCCCUGGUUCCACGAGUGCCCAGUGGGUGGAUGAGGACUUCUUCCGGGUCAUCCGCUCCCAGUGCUACGUCGUCAGUGGCGAGGACCACAUCAAGGAGGGCGUCAUGAGGAACAUCCUGGAUGCUCUCCUGGCUGGGAAGCAGCAGUGGGCCACUGACAUCCAGGUGACCUUGAUUCCCACGUUUGACUCGCUGGCGAUGCACGAAUGGUACACGGAGACGUUGGAGAGGCAGCAGGCGCUGGGUGUCACUGUCCUCGGCAGCAACAGCACGGUGGCCAUGCAGGAUGAAACCUUUCCUGCAUGCAAAGUGGAGUUCUGAGCAGCCCUGUGAGCUGCUCGUGAGUUGGGAGGUGCUUUGAACCCAGGGAUAGGGUCUGGAGAAGGUGCCGCCACCACGCUUCCUCAAUCUUGCUCUCCUCCUUUCUCCUGGCAGAAGGAAAGGCGUCCAUCUUUGGUGUGGCCCAUGAGUUGUGCUUUGCUCCUUGAGUGCCGGAUGAGCGGGCCCCUGCCUCCUUGCUCCUGAGAAGCACGAGGACAGAGACCUUCCGGAGACACCUUUCAGUCCCUGCAGCACCUGCCCCUCCACUGCUCAUCUGGCUUGUUUGCAUGUCACCCGGCGCAAACACAGAGAGAGUUGGGCAGAUGACUUGGAGAGGCAGCCGCUGGGCUGGGCUGCCCUGAAGCCAUUCUGCCCAACUCUUCUCCAUCCCCUCUUGUUCCAAGUAUUUCUCUGCCGUCCGUCUUCACCUGACCUCGAGGGCCCGCAGUAGUUGGGGUUGGUCUUGUCAUCCAGAAAAUCUUCCCUGGGAAAAUGCUGUACAGUUCAUCUGCUGCUCCAGCUUGUGGCAGUGACCCUGUUUCUGGAAACCAAAACUGGGAUGUCGGGUGCAGGAUGUGGGGAGCUGAGGGUGGUUGUGUUGUGCAUCUUUUGCUGCUGGGCCGCUGCAGGGAGAAAUGCCUCGGGUUCUUGAAAUCUCUUUUCUUGGUCCCUGCCUCCACAGUUAAUUUCUUAGUUUUGUUUGGCAGAAUAAGGUCUCUGGGGUGGACCCUGUGAACCAGAGUGGGUGCCUGGCUCGUUUCUAAGAUGGAAUUCCAGUUGAUCUGUUCCCAUUUGGGCCUGUUUAGCCUUUGAAGAUUUUGCAAAGCAGUUUCCCUUAACAGCCUGCCUCAGCCGGUAACCUUCAAGUGUGCCAACUGCAGCUCCCUGGAUCCCUGCUGGGCCAGGUAAUGCAGCCUGACACAACUGGAGGUAGCAUGUUUUCUGGCCUCACUGAUGUCACUUUUUGCUUUUUCUUCCUUCUACCCCAUACUAGGAAAGAGGUGUGAGAUGGGUUUCCUCAAGAGCAAGCCAGGAGCUUUUCCUUGCCCUUGGCCACUUGAAUAGCCUCUUCCUGGAGGCGGUGAUCUUGAUCGGAAGGCUCUGCUUGCCGCCAUUGCCCUGGUGGUGGCGGAAUGUGUGUCUCCUGAUUCUAAAUGGUGUGUUGCCUUCCUGCCCCAGUAAUUCACUUGUUUUCAGUUGUAUCUGUUUGCAGGACCAGCAUCACAUCUUCCCUGGAUAACCGUUUGUACAACUAGGAGUUCCUUCCUAUACUCUUCUUCCAGUCCCACCAAAACACAAACUCCAGAUUUUUUCUACCUCUUUUAUGUUGAGAGUAGUCCUUGUUUCUUGGGCAGUUGUCCCCGAAGAAUAGUCCUAUGAGAACCCAGCCAGGGCUUUCCUAGGUGCAUUCCUUAGAUCUUUACGCCUCCUCCCUUACCAUUUGAAGGAAAGUUGGAAGAGGGGAGCUUCCCUCCUCCUUUGCAAUGUGACACUAAACCUUUGUUUUAUGAGUAAAGAAAAGAUUUUUUUUCUUCUCCUUAAAUGUCUAUUUUGUAUUUUUUUCUAAAAAAAAAAAAAAUGAAAAAGGAGAAACCAAAAUUUGUUAAUGUAUUGAAGGUGUUUAAUUUAUACAGUCACAUUUUUGUGCAGUGUUUACAUAUCCCAGAUGGAGAAAGCGGACGGAAGGAAGGGGGUGUGGGUGUUACACUUUCGCCUGUACAUGAUUCCCACCUUGCCUGGCCCCAUCCUUCCUCCCUAAUUUGGGAUCAGCCUUUUGUUUCAUACUUGUAAUGAUGUAUGUUUAGGAAAAAAUAUUUUUGGGAGGUGGCGAAAGAUAUGAAUGUUUUCACCACCUUUAGUGCUUUAUAUACUUUGCCUAGUUGAAAUCCUAAGCAGAUUGGAGGUAGGAGAAAGGUUAGUCCUUCCCCUGGAGAAUUCCUCUUUAGUGGGGGGUGGGGGGGGCCAAGUCCUUUUCUCUGUGCUCUGUCUCUUGGCCCCAAUUACAGGGGAAAAAAGAUGGUUGUUGUAGCUGUCAACACACUCACGAUGUUGUGUGUGCACACAUACACUGUGUUGAAACCUAUUGGAAAAAAAAAAAACAUUAAAGAGAACAGUAAGCUCGAUGA